AAGGGUUUGGUCGCGAACAUAUCCAUAAGCAUGAAUCAGAAGACGAGAAUGAACGUAUAUUUGGGACUACUUUAUCCUAUAUCCUAUCUUCAUUUACUGUUACCUCAAUCCCAAUCCAUCCAAUCUCCAAAUUCGAUUUCAGACGUGAAUCUAGUAGAAAUAGAAAUAAUCAAUACGGCCAUAACAUUGAAUUAGAACAUGAUGAAGUGUACAAUUCUAAAAAUAGACAUAGCAAUGGAUACAACAGGGAUAAUGAGAUUGUUAAUGGGCAUGUUCUCAAGGAUGAUAUUGCAGAAAUCAAUCAUGAUGAUGAAGACUAUAGACACAAUCAUUUAAGCGCGUUUAAAGGAGGAUAUAAUAAAUACAGAUUUGAAAAUGGAGAAGAGUUUGAUGACCAGGAACAUGAAUUUAAAGAUGG